AUGACUUCUUCUCGUCUCAACAUGGCACAAGAUGGCUAUAUUCCAACUGAACGUUUCCACGACGUCAGCUGUGAACCACAACAGCGUCUUGCACUUAUUCGAGGUUAUGAACUAAAACCACUGAUUUCACUCGAAGAAGCUGUCCAUCCACUUGAAGAGCUAAUCGGUGACAUUCAAGAUUUCGUCUGGACAGCUACGGGUAAUUGUGAGCAGCCAAGAGAUGAAUUGACACCGAAUGAACGUGCUGCUAUUUAUCUUUACACAAUGGGAUACAUGUAUCAUCAACUAAAUUCUGCACUACGAAAUGAACAACGACAACUUCUGUUGCCGUACUUCUUCUAUUUAAAACUCUUUCUAACCGCCUUAUGGAAAUUGCAAGAUUUUACAGACGUUAUCUGGCGUGGUGAGGGAAAAAAUCUUACUGAUCAAUAUCCAGAAGGAAAGAAAUUUGUCUGCUGCACACCAUCAUUAAAUGUUUUACAAAAAGAAGCGUUUCUUGGUGAAACAGGACAGAGAACUUUGUUUAAUAUUCAGUGUUACAAUGGAAAAUCGAUACAGAACCAUGCACAGUUUCCAGAUGAAAAAGAAGUUUUGUUGAUGCCCUGUAGUUAUUUUCAAGUAAUGAGCAGUGUUGAACAGGACAGUGAUCUACGUAUCAUUCAUAUUAAACAAAUUGAACCGCCAGUCACAUUAAUUCGACCACCAUCAUCUUCUUUUUCUGCUGCUGCUGCUGCACAUUCUCAUUCAUCUACUACUGCUGAAAUUCUUAAAAAGAAACCAAAAUUGUCAAUCAGCAUUAGCACAUUUAACAAUGCAAUGGGUGCUAACGAUAAAUAUUUAGUUUGUAAACUUAAUACCAAACUCAGUUUUCUUGAUGAACAAGGAAAUAAUAAAUUAAACAUUAACUGGAAUUUACAUGUCAACGAUAUUUGUUGGUCAUCAUAUUUAAAUUAA